AUGGAAGCGAGCUCGGCUGACACCGUCCGGAUCGUGUCCCGGCGCAUGGUCCGGCCGUCGCACGGUGCCAUGCCGGUGCAGCCGUCGGAGGACAUCCACCUCACGCCGUGGGACCUCUGCUGCAUCGGCAUGGAGUAUAUCCAGAGGGGGGUACUCCUGUCCAAGCCUACCGCCGGAGGUGAGAUGAGCUGCCUCGUCGACACACUCGCGUCCUCCCUUGCGCGCGCCCUGGGACGGUACUACCACCUCGCCGGCCGGCUCGCCGUCGAGGAGCACGGCGACAGGACAAUCAUCGUCCCGCUACGCUGCACCGGGGAAGGCGCCGAGCUCGUCCACGCGGCGGCGCCCGGCGUGGCCGUCGCAGACAUCGUCGGCUCGGUGUACACCCCGUCGCCGGUGGUCUGGGGAUUUUUCCCGUUGAACGGGCUCCGUGGCGCGGACGCGGCCAUCGUGUCGCUCCCCGUGCUGUGGGCGCAGGUCACCGAGCUCGCCGACGACAUCUUUAUCGGCAUGUCGAUGAAUCACUCUGUCGGUGAUGGCACCUCCUUCUCGGAGUUGUUCAACGCAUGGUCGGCGAUCAACCGAGGCGACAAACGCAUGGGUGAGAUGGUCUCCACGCCGGCGCGGGUGCACCGAAGGUGGUUCGUCGACACGAGCCCCGUGCCGAUACCCUUUCCGUUCAGCAAGCUGCAGGACGUCGUCCAGCGGUUCGAGCUCCCGCCGGUGCGAGAAGGCUUCUUCUCCUUCUCCGCGGCGAGCGUCAAGAAGCUCAAGGCGAGGGCGAACGACGAGAUGGCCGCCGGCGCCGCCAUCUCCUCGCUCCAGGCCCUGCUCGCGCACCUCUGGCGGGCAGUAUCCCGCGCCCGGCGCCUCCCGCCGGUGCAGGAGACGUUAUGCGCCGUGACCGUCGGGUGCCGGGGGCGCAUGCGCGGCAUCCCGGCGGACUACCUGGGAAACGCCAUAGAGAUCCGCGUAGCCGGCUGCACCGUCGGCGAGAUCCUGGACAACGGACUGGGCUGGACGGCGUGGCAGCUGAACAGCGUCGUGGGGUCGUUCGACGAGGCGGGCGUGCAGGAGUUGAAGUCCAAACCUUCAGAGUUUCAGAGUGUCGCACAAAACUCUACAGCCACGAGCAGGUUACAUUACUCACAAAUAUUAGUUUAUGUAUCAGUCACCAGUUCACCACCUUUAUCCAUAAAUGCAUCACUGAGUCACACUUGGUACAGGUCAAACAAAAAGGGAAAUAACAUGUGUGAAUGA